AUGGCAGCUGUGGUGAAAACACAUGUGCGAAUAUCUGGAGAUGAUGCAAAGCCUCAGUUUGAGGAUGGAGAUGACCUGAGUGAUUCUGAUGUAGGGAGCAAUGAAGAAGCGAGUGAUGGGGGAGAAGAUGACGGAGACGGCAGCAGAGGGAGCAGCGGGGAAGAAGCAGAGAAUGAAGAGGGAGGAGAGGACGAGGAUGGAGACGACGGUAACGCAAAUGCUGGGUGGGCAGAGGCAAUGGCAAAGAUCCUGGGAAAGAAAACUCCUGAGAACCAAAGCAGCAUCCUGGUGGACAAGAAGCGGGCGUGGGAGAUGAUGUGCAGAGAGAAACCGGACUUGGUGAAGGACCGUGAGAGUGAAAGAGCUCUACAAAGAAUUGCUACCAGGGGGGUGGUACAGCUCUUUAACGCUGUGAGGAAACACCAGAAAACAAUCGAUGACAAGGUGAAGGAAGUCGGCGGCUCUGAGAGGAAGAAGGCCAAGCUGCUUUCGUCUGUCUCAAAGAAAGACUUCAUUGACGUGCUAAGAAGGACGGAGGGAGGCGGCGGAGUCUCCGUCAAGAUGGAAAAGGACGUCGCUGGCGCAGCAGCGGAGAAGCCCGCCUGGAGCGUCCUCAGAGACGACUUCAUGAUGGGAGCCACCAUGAAAGACUGGGACAAAGACAGUGACGGAGAGGAGCCCAACACACACUCGGGAGGGAAGGCGGAGGAGAGCCAUUCAGACUGA